AUGGAUUGGUUCGAGAACAUAGGGCACGGGGAACGGGGACGUCUGCUGCUGUGUCUGCUGGUCGUCUGCGCGUUGUCGCGGGUCUCCUCCGUCGAUACCAACGAUACCAAGGAUGUUUGGAACGGAUUCUCCUCGGGGUGCGCGGACGCGAAGAACCUGUCCGUGUCCUGUUACGGUGUACGGAUCGUCAGGAAGAUCGUGCAACAGCUGCUCGAGAAGUCCAGCCAGGAACCCAAUAUCGAGAUCUUCGAUGGAGUCAGUCUGGUCGAGGUACCCAAUUCUGGACCCACCAGGAAGGGAAGACUCAUGAAGGGAUUCGGAAACAUGGGCUCGCUGGUGCAGUUCCUGGAGGGAAGGGAGCUCAGAAUAAAACUCCCCAGCUUCUUACCGCAGAAUAUUGAGUCCGCACUGCAGGAGAGCCUUCCGGCUGAUCAAGGUAGAGGCGGCGGAGGCGGAGGAGGAUUCGGAGGUGGUGGUGGUGGUGGUGGGGGCGGAGGAAAGAAGGGCGGUGGAAAUGGCAUGAUGAUUUUGGCGCUGAUGAUGGGAAAAAUGAUGGCAGCACUGGGUUUCGGAGCGCUGGGUCUGCUAGCUAUGAAGGCGUUGAUGGUAUCCGCGUUGGCGUUGAUGCUGUCGUUGAUCGUGGCCGUGAAGAAGCUGGCGAGCGGCCAUGACAGCGGCGGAGGCCAUCACGUGGUGUACGCGCAGGACGUGGGUCAUCACCACUACCGCAAGAAGCGAUCUCUCGGGGAGGAGGAUCUCCCGUACAGAGGAUACGCGCACCUGUUCGGCGAUUCACGAGUGUUCUGA